AUGAAACGACUUUUAUCUACCAUCACAAUUCUACUCUCUUUAAGCAUCCUUUGCCGAUCGCAAGUACUCAACUUUCAUUGUAACUUUGACACCAAUUUAGACGGUGACUGUCUAUUCACGGCCACGAAUGGUGGCAAUAAAAUGACUCAAGACCAAGGUGCCCUCCCAACUGGAAAGGCAAAACAGCCCCUGUCGGACGCUAAAGCAGUUGUAUCACUCACUGAUCCUGAUAAUCAACCAUGUAACUUUCCAUACAAAUACGCGGGCGCAGAUCAAUACUUCUGUCGUCGCUCUCUCAAUCUCACAUACAGUUGUCCAACUGAUGCUGGUGUUGGACGAUAUCACUCCUAUACAGCAAAGGUCACAAAAAGCACAAGCACAACACAGUGCUUUGACUUCUACUACUAUAUCACUGAUACAACAGCCAACGCUAAGAUCGAAGUAUCGUGGGAAGGAACCGGAGACUUGGAUGUAAUUGUGACAGUAGAAGCAGAUCCAGCCGAGAACAAGUGGCAGCACAGUCAAACAAAUUUCACAGUUCCACCAUCCACUUCUACAUAUGAUCUCAUUUUGAGAAUAAUGCGUGACAGCGGAGCGUCUGGUUUUACUUUUGCAUUUGAUGAAAUCAAGAUCUAUGAUGCAUCUUGUGGUAAUAUUGAGAACUAUAGUAUCGUAGAACCUACGACAAUCAUACCAGGUACGACAACCACCACCACCAUUAGUACUAUAACAUCCGAUACAGCAACAACGGCCACUACCCCGGCAACCACCGCUUCAGUACCUGAUACAACAGCAACAACGACUCCUACCCCGGCUGCCACCACUCCAGUACCUGAUACGACAGCAACAACGACCACUACCCCCGCAACCACCACUUCAGUACCUGUUACAACAGCAACAACGACUACCACUCCGGCUACCACCACUUCAGUACCUGAUACUACAACAACAACAGCUACGACGACGACGACCACGACGACAACAACAACCCAAUACCUUCGUCGGUUAUUUUAUUGCGAUUUUAGUACUGCCAUGUGCUUUCAGGAUACCGACAUCCUUAUCACCAACGGAACCGAAGUUCCUCUCCUCGACCUCUCUCAACCUCCUCGAGCACCUCUCUCAGAUGCCACCUCCAUCAGUUCACCAACGACCAAUUCAUACAAAUGCAGUGUACCCUAUCAACUAUCCGUCGAAAACUCCACCAACACCACUGACUGGAAUAUGUGGUUCUGCUACAACAAUCAAUGUCCAACACAAAACGGUGAAACAGCUGACUGUGUAUCAGGCAGCUACGGUCUCAUGUUUCUCGAUCCAUCCGACUCGAACAAAAACAUCACCGCUUCGAUCAGUGACGAGUCGCUGAUGCGAAGUUCGAGUGGCGAUGAGCAUUGUCUUCGAUAUGAAUACUUUUUCACAGUGUAUGAUUAUGCCGACUGGGGUCAACAGUUGUCCGUAUGGAUGAAGUCAGUAGAUGGUGGUGAAGAGCUGAUUGACCGAAUACGAGUAGAUGAGAUGCAAGAGAAUCGAUGGUAUGAGCGAAACAAGACGUUUGUUGCACCAUCGACGAACUACACAUUGACAUAUUCGUUCGAAGUGAGCAAUGAGAGUGGUAAUCAAGAAGCAGUGGUUAGUCGAACAGUGUAUUUUGGAUUGGAUAAUAUCGAGUUAUACAAUCGAAAAUGUGAUGAAGCACUCGAACCAGUCACAGUGAUGACAACUGAACCAGUAACUACUUCGAUAAGUAUCAAACCUACUUCACUCACAUCGACGACGUUGAAUGCCAGUACAAUUACUACUACUGUUAAACCAUCCGAACCGAAUCUGGCACUGAUCCUGCCGCUUGCUAUUGGUAUUCCAGUGCUAAUCGCUGCCAUCGCUUUUAUUGCAUAUUACUGCAUCAAAGUUAAACCUAAAUCAGCAAUCUUAGUUGAAGGCAGCACAAAGCCAGCAGAUAUUCCAUUGCAACCAACAACAAUGUCUACCAGUGAUGAUUCAAAACGUUCCCGUCCAGUAGUCUAA